AUGUCUAAGUUUGCCCUUUAUUUUAAAAAUCUUGGAAAUCAAUAUCCCUUGUUACGGGAAGUAUGGGAUGUGUAUGAUCAAUUAGAUGAAAAAGUGGAUAUGUCUAGAGAAAACAUAUUAUAUCAUCAAUUUUGUAACACAGUUACAAAUGAAUUGAAAAAUAAAAAAGGUAAUUAUUAUGAAUUAUGUGUAAAACUUUUAAAAAAUUUUGGUAUAUUUUGCAAUAACACACAAUCUUGCAAGACAGACAAUGAAUAUUGUAAAAUUUUAAACAAUUGGUUAUAUAUUUCCAUAAGAAAAUAUGCACUUUAUGAUGAAAUUUUUAGUUCUAUUUUCAAUCU